AUGGCACAAUAUUCGACUCACCUUACACUCCUUUUUGCAUUUCUAGUCAGCCUAAGUGUGCAAGUUCAGGCACUCUCCCCGGAAUAUAUCGCAUGCCAAUUGCAAAAGAGUGGGACAACCUCCCCGUUGAGCGGUUGCCCGUCAGGAACCCUGUACGUGUCGCUCACAGAUAGCAGAGCAAAUUUCAAAACUGUCCAAGCUGCUGUAAAUUCACUGCCACAGACGGGCAACGCUACAAUUCUGAUUGGAGAAGGAGAAUACUUUGAAAUGGUCAAUGUUGCGCGGUCCGCACCUCUCACUCUUUUGGGUCAGCUUGAUCCUUCCACUGCUUACGAGGCAGCGGGGAAUGCUUCUCAGCGCAACCUUGUUCACAUUUGGAAUAAUUUAUAUGUCAAGUCUGGGGUGACCGACGAGGAAACUGCAACUUUCACUGUUGCCCCUGCCUCUGGACAGAAUUUCGGUAACACUGACUUCAGAGCAUAUAACAUCGACUUCGAAAAUCGUGCUGCCAAAUAUUCCAUUUCUCAAGCGCUCGUCACCUCCAUCAGUUAUGCAAAUGCUUCCUUCUAUGGCUGCGCCUUUGCUAGCUAUCAGGAUACGUGGUACACCGGCAGUGGUGCACACACAUAUGUCGUCGAUAGUAUAAUAUACGGUCAAACUGAUUAUCUUUUCGGAUUUGGCAUGGCAUGGUUCCAAAACGUAAUCUUGGCCAACCGAGCUUGUGGUGGUGGUAUCACGGCCUGGCAAGGCACGAGUGGCACUAAGAAUGGGGCAUACAUCGCCGAUUCCAAAAUCAUCCGGUCACCGGAUGCAAAUGCAACCACUGUGACUGAUGCCAGCUGCUCCCUCGGACGCCCAUGGAAUGCACUGGCAGUUGCUGUAUACUUACGCACCUACAUGGACGAGAGUAUUCGACCUCUGGGUUUCACCCCCUGGUCUGGACAGGGGACCAUUCCAUCCACCACUUAUUAUGCGGAGUAUAGUUCGUCUGGCCCUGGAGCGAGCACGACGAAACGUGUAGCGCAAGACCAUAUCUUAAGUUCCGCACAGGCGGCGGCCUUCACAGUAGAGAAAGUAUUUGUCGGUACACCAGCGUGGAUCGACUUUAAUUACGAGUAUUGA